AUGCGUCUUGAUAAUUUCGGUGGCACUUUAAAACUACGGAAACCAACAGAAGAGGUAUGACAUUCAUUAAAAACCUUUACCCCCCAAAUGGUCAUUUUUCAUAAAUUAAAAAAAUAUAAACAGGAAGUGGUGAUAAUAUUAAGUAUAGUUAUGUAAAGAAGAUAUUACAUAUAUUUCAUUGUUUCUAAUGUUUUCUUUCAUUAUGCUGAAGCAAAAAUAUUGGGAUUGUAUAAUAUGUAUACAGAUAUAUAUGUGCUGUUGUAAGAUGAUGAAAUUUCACUUCUUUUCUGCUCUUCCUCAUAUAGGACAUGUUACAAUUAGACCAACCCCAGAGUGAACUUGAAGAAAAAGCUAAGAUAUAUGGCAAAUCUGGAAGGAGCCUUACACCAUAUCAAGUGGCGGUUAAUAAUGCUGCCAUUGUUUUAGCAAAGGAAAACCCUGAUGUAGUAUUUGAUAAGGGUAGGUGUAAUAUUUGUAUAUAUCACAGGCAUGCAUUUCUAAAUAUGAAACUCAAAACUUGUAGAGAGUACAUUACUGUUUGUCUUGUAGUUGCAUUAUUGGUAUAGUGGGAUGGCAGUUUUUAUCAACUGCAACAUUUUUUCUUUCAAAUAUUAUACAAGGAAGCUUAUACUUACCCCCAAAGUUCACUUGGUCAGAUAAAUCAAAGUUGGCAAGUCCCAAAUUAAAUCUAGAGGGUUUUAGUGUAUAGUGCUGGUAUUACAAUGGGUACUAUUCCACACUAAGUUCUUUUUGUAAAUGAGAAGGUCAAAACCAUAAUUUAUAACCGGUGCUACCAAUUUAAAAAAUAGGGGCAAGUUUCCAUUGUGCAGGAAUGUGGGAAUUAUCUUAUAGUCAAGUUUGGUGGUUUAACUUCCCUAUUUAACCCUACAGGGAAGCUGCUUACAAUGGCUAGGGAUAAAGUUACCACCGAUGGCUACCUAUUUAAAAAAGGGCAUUCAAGAUCAAAACACAUGUCAAGUGAAUCUGACGAGCCUCCUUGUAAAAGAAAGAAAAUUGACGCAGAAGAGAGGGCACGUGAAAUAAAGCUGUUGCAAGAUAAUUUGGAGACAUUAGACAGUCGCCUUCGCGUAAAGCAGCAGCUUUUGGAUAACGCGCGCUCCCUUCAGAAUUACAAGCAGUGUGAUGAAAUACUUGGAGAAACGAUAAAAGUGAGGAAGGAAAAGGCAACUAUCCAGAAUCAAUUGCUAGAGUUGCAAAAACGAGAGAAUAAGUCUUCAUGGUACCACAAGAAAAAGCAGAAAAAACAACACAAGGAAACUAAUGUGAAACAAACAGAGGGGAAUCAGAAGCUUCCUUUCCUUUUCAGACGUAUGAGCAGCACGUCCAGCGAGAGUGAUACUAGCAUCAUUUCCACCUCAGAAUCUACUACAGAAUGUGAAAGUACAAGCCCCAGGAAAGAGUCUGAUGAUGCUGGUGAUUGUACUGCCGAAGAACCCGCUGGUAUUAGUAAGCAGGAUUUUCAGGAAACCCCUCCACAUCAGCAAACAAUGUGAGGGGGGUCAGAGAAGAACUUGUUGCUAUUUAUUAUCGGGAACAAAAACGUGAGUUGUCGAAAUGUGCGGCUGUUGGACAGGAUAUUUGUAUUUCUGUAUUUGAAGGGCUCUCUUUGGAGGAGUAUGUUGAUGUUCGUUCUUCAGUGUGCAGUACCACACACAAACAACCUUGUAAAAAUUGUUGUGGUUUGCUUCAGGUUGCAAAUGAAGUGCUACAGAAAGGUUUUUUGAAGUUAAGGUCAGCAUUUGAAAUGGCAUAUCCAGAUGCAACUUACAAAUCUUGGCAUGCUCGAAGGAGGAUGCUUCAAAUGCCAUUAGCAAGUCUAGGGAUUGGAAAUCGAAGCAGAGGUAGCUACUCCAUCUUCUUAGUGGAAAAACAAGAUCGAGUGAAGUAUCCAAUAAUACAAACGCUCUUAAACCAGUGGAUUAAAUGUGAAACAGCGGAGCCAUCGUUGCCGCUUAUCAAAGAAACUAUGAACAGUCUUCUUCAAAUUGCAGAGUCUGAUGCAGAGAGAAAACGCCUCAAGUAUGCCGUUGUUAGGGCAACUGGUUUAUCUAACACCAAGGCAAAAGAAAAGUAUGGGUUAAGUGAUAUUGGCACCACUUUAUCCCAAGUAGAGCAAACAUUGGAUGAAGUCUCAGCCAUCUAUGAAGCGAUUGAGAAAAUUGCUCAAGUAAAAGACAAAGUGUUGCUAAAAUCACUAGGUGUUCCAAUGGAGAUGGAAGGUGAAAGUUCUGAUGAAAGUGAAAGCGAUGAUGAUGACGGCGCUGGUGCUGAUGAUGAAGAUGGCCAUGGGUGUGGCAAUAAUGAUGGCGACAGUGAUGGUGGGGGUAAUGAUGUUGAUGGUGAUUGUGGAGGUGGUGGUGAAGGUGAUCAUGCAAUUUCCUCACAGGUUAGUAGUGGUGAUGUUGAAAGUGCACAGAACCUGACCUGCACGCAGGUUGAUGGUAGACAUCAGUUCCAAUUAACAGACGAACAAUACAAGCAUAUCAGUGAUACUGGCGAAUGCUAUAUGAACACCCACCAACUCCUUGACAUCCUUCGCAAGUGCAACUUAAACUGGUUGGAGUUCGUCUGUGCAUUAGAGGUGUUGAUGCCAAAUGCUGCAGAACAUGUUCUUGAACAAGUGCUACUCGACUUUGCAGGGCAAUUGCCCUUCCUUGACCUCAGUGAACAUGAUGAGCGCAUUAUAGAACAGUCCCGGCAGGUAUACCUUGAGGAGAAAAGGCGCCAAGAAAUGGAGAGUGAAAUCGCUGAUGGUAUGAUAGUGUCAGAUUCCGAUUCUGAUUGCGCUGAAGAGUGGCAACGUGUACGUGAUCCUCUUGAUGAAGCUGGACUGGAUAUUAUCAAGAAAAAGAGGGCAGCGAUCCGAAGAAAAGCAACAAGGGAAGUUAAAAAGCGUGUUGCAGAAAGGCGUUAUUUAAGAAGAAGGAAAAGCAAGAAAGUUGGGAGAAUACAAAGGGAACACCCUGACAUUGGCGAAACAAUUGAACAAUACGUUCAAAAGUGUGGUGUGGGUGCCGAUGCUUGGAGGCGAACCGGUGUGUUGACAUUUGAUGGCAACAAGUGUGUUGGGAGGAAAGUUACGUUUAAAAGAAUUCAGGAACAUCUGCAAGCCAAAUACAAAUCUUCUUUUAGUUAUGGAAGUGUUGUGCAGUUGUGUGUUGCCCGGAAUAAACGUCGCAAGUCUGCUGCUAGAUACAAAGGGUUGGCACAAGUCGUACAGAGACGUGCUAGAAAGGGGUUCAAGCUAAAAUACAAUCCCGAUGCUCAUUGGAGUUCUGCAUUGUAUGCAGGCUUCGAUAAGCUGCAGUACACUGAUGGAAACAACAUCAUGAACCUGGGCCGUGAUGAUCAGGCUGGCUUCAGGUUAGAUUCAAUGACCACCCAUAAGCAGCAUGGAACUCUGUGUUUGAAGAAUGAAGUCCCACUGACCACUCGAACAGACUAUGUGAAUCGAUAUCCCUCUGUCUUGCAGACAACAUCGUACAAUUUUCCUGCGACCGACACAACAGAAGAAAUAUGCGCUGGCUUUUGUUAA